AUGGAGAAUCAACAACAUUCUAUUCUUGUGGACUUACCAAAAGGGGGCAAGGCCUAUGGAAUGCUCAAAGACAAACAGGAUACCCAUUUAUCAAGAAUCAAUCAGCAAUUCCUUGAUGACAUUGCAUAUUGCGAUGUUGAAGACUUGGAAGAAAAAUUAAUCAGCUAUAAAAGGCAAUUUGUGCAAUUUGAUGAAGAUGCCUCUGGAGAUCUAAAUAUAAUGGACGUCAAACGAAUGAUGGAAAAACUUGGUCAAGCUAAAACUCAUUUGGAAUUAAAGAAAAUGAUAGCUGAAGUGGAUAGGACUGGCACUGGAGUGAUUACGUACCAAGACUUUGUGUUGAUGAUGCUUGGGAAGAAAUCAAGUAUACUUAAAUUAAUUUUGAUGUUUGAGGAGAAGAACAAACCAAAGGAAAUACCAAAGGGCCCUCCCCCAAAGCGUGACCUCAGCGCCUUACCUUGA